UAGCGUACUGACAGCUACAAUUUGUCGCUGGAUUUGCGACACAGGUUUCCCCCCCUCAUAGAAAUGAUGGAGUCUCUUAAUCCGAAAAUGAUUCUUUAGUUAAAAAAUUUAAAAAUAAUAAAUAUCGCGUGUGCUGAUGGAAAUCGUCAGCGCAGCACAUAUCAUGUUAGGUUAUGUUAUGAUUUUCUCGGGGUAGCUGAACAGGCUAAGCUAGUAAGAUGCUAGUUUAGUUGAGACCAGUGCGUUCUGUAGCGGGUUAGCUUAGCUGGUUUAGAUUAGCCCGACUAUUUGUUUAUUUUUGCUCGUUGUUUUAAUGUAACGUGUUUAAUGUUUAUAAGUAAUGUCCGUUAAGCGUGGUAAUAUUGUACAGUGAUAUGGCGGUGUAUGGCUGUGUUUAAUGUUGCGGUGCUAACUGGCUAACUGCAGCCUGUCAUCCGUUAGUGUUAGCAUUAACGAUAACGUUCGCGCGCUGAAUGACCGAAAUCACAGUCGAGCUAAAAACAUUCGGUGUCUCAGUGUAACAGGAAUGGUUUAAGGUCGGGAAAGAUGUGGUGUUGUUUUUCUCAGGGGUUUAUCUAAAUGUCAGUUGCUUUUUCUGGUUUGUUUAUAGAGAUAGCCAACAUCAGAUAACUGGGAACAGAUGUUUAUCAAUGCUGUAAGAUACAACACCGUGAUUUCUAUAGGAUUAUAUAACACUAUAGACAGAAUGUCACCCCGGGCAGCUGAGGCAGUUUCUCAUUCCCAUUAAAAGAGGCUUCAAUUAUAUAUAUAUAUAUAUAUAUAUAUAUAUAUAUAUAUAUAUAUAAAUAUAUAUAUACAACCUCUCAUUAGGGCUCCGAGAACCCCUGUUAUUUCAUUAUUGGAUCAUUUGUGAUAACCCAGUUUGUAAGAAAGCCGUAUCUUAAGUCAAGGAUCUCAGCAUGAAGAAGUUUUUCGAUUCUCGGAGGGAGCUGGUUAGUGUCGGUCCGGGUUCUGGAGGUGGAGGAGGAUCCGGUGGAGUCGGUGGGAACUUCAUUGGAAGGAGCUUUACCAUCGGACAUCAUCAGGUCACCGUGGAGGAGACCCUCGCCGAAGGUGGAUUUGCCAUCGUGUUCUUGGUCCGGACCAGUCAGGGGGUUCGAUGUGCGUUGAAGAGAAUGUACGUGAAUAACGAACACGACCUGCAGGUGUGCCGCCGAGAGAUUCAAAUCAUGAGGGAUCUCUCAGGCCAUAGGAACAUUGUGGGCUACGUGGACUCAAGCGUGACGGCUGUAGGAGGUGGUGACGUGUGGGAAGUUCUCAUCCUUAUGGACGUGUGUAAAGGUGGUCAGGUGGUGAAUCUGAUGAACCAGCGUCUGCAGACGGGAUUCACAGAGACGGAAGUGCUGCAGAUUUUCUGUGAUACAUGUGAAGCCGUAGCUCAACUGCACCAAAAUAAAACUCCCAUAAUCCACCGGGACCUGAAGGUGGAGAAUAUCCUGCUACACGACCAGGGUCAUUAUGUACUGUGUGAUUUCGGCAGCGCCACCAAGAAGUUCCAAAACCCCCAGACUGACGGAGUGACUGUUGUGGAAGAAGAGAUUAAAAAGUAUACCACUCUCUCAUACCGCGCUCCUGAGAUGGUGAAUCUGUAUAAUGGUAAACUUAUCACCACCAAAGCAGACAUCUGGGCUCUAGGCUGCUUGCUGUAUAAGCUGUGCUUUUUCUCGCUGCCCUUUGGAGAGAGUCAGGUGGCCAUAUGCGACGGAAGCUUCACCAUCCCAGAUAACUCGCGUUACUCCUACGACAUGCACUGUCUGAUCCGCUACAUGCUGGAGCCGGAUCCGGAUAAACGUCCCGAUAUUUAUCAAGUGUCUCACUUUGCUUUCCGACUCGCUCGACGUGAAUGUCCUGUCCAAAACACACAGAAUUCUUCACUCCCUGCUAAGCUCCCUGAGCCAAUAAGAGCGAGUGAGGCGGCAGCAGCGAAGAAGAGCCAAACACAGACGAAGGCCAGGCUUACAGAUCCCAUUCCCACCACUGAAACGUCCAUUACACCACGCCAGAGGCCCAAAGCUGCUCAGGCUCAGCCAAUAGGAGGCGUCCUGCAGAUCCAACCUGCUGCACUGACGCCACGCAAGAGAGGUACACCUAUACACUCAGCCGUGAGUGUGAAUUUGGCUCAGCCAGCCGCAGCACUGCAGUCCCAGCUCACACACUCCUCUAACCAGCCCCAGCACAAACAGCCCGUCCAGCCAAUCCCAGUUUCAGCACCUGUAUCAGGAAGUGUAACUCCGCCUGUAACAAGCCCCGCCCCUCCAGCAGCAACAAGUCCUGCUCCGCAAAAAGCCACACCCACUCCGUCAAGUCCCGUUCCACCUACUGCUCCAGCACGUAGCUCCAAGCGCAAACAACAACAAAAUCAACAACCGGCACCGCAACAACAAAAACAGCCUCCUCUUGCAGCACAGCCACUUGACGCUACACCUACUACCACACCUCCUGCCCCACCCACUGCUGGGGAAAUGCCAAUCACCCCUGGCCUUUCCCAGACCCCGCCCUCUUCUCCAAAAACCCAAAAGGCAGGCCACAGACGCAUCCAGAGUGAUGUCACACACAGCGCAAUGGUUGGUGUGUGUGUAAGCGAGUCCACGCAGCAGCUGCAGGCUGCCUCAGCCGAGGCGAACCUCAACAAAUCCAAGUCAGCCAGCGCCACUCCAUCCAACUCACCACAGUCUUCCCAGCAGAGUGUCUACGAAACCGGCCAGCAGUGUGCAGUCAUCACUUCUGCCCCGAAUCUUGUCAUCACUUCUGCUCAAAGUCUUGCCACUCUUUCUGCCCCGAGCCUAAGUGCACCACCUGCUCCAAGUCUUAGCACCCCUGCUGCUUCAUGUCUCAGUGCCCUCGACCAGCCGUCCUGGAACCCGUUUGGAGACGACAACUUCUCCAAGCUGACAGCCGAGGAACUGCUUAACAAAAACUUCACCAAACUUUCCAAAGAAACCGCAGAGCCUCAGAGCAUUUGCUGCACAGAAGAACUUCUCCCUGGACUGGACUCUGUUGAACCCAUUACUCAGCCUUCAGCUGAAAGACCUUCUGAUAUUCUGGGGUUGGAUUCAGGUGCUGAUUUACUGGCAGUACCAGAAAAGCUAAUAGAGGGUCUGAAGUCUCCAGAUGCAUCUCUUAUGCUCCCUGACCUCCUGUCAAUGUCCGACCCCUUUGGCAGUUCUGUAGAAGACAUAAGAGAUGGAUGUACUGAGGCUUGUGUUGAUUCCUUGAUUCCUGGACUGGAGGCUCCUCAGGUUCAUCCUGUGCAGACUGAAGCAGUGAGGACUGAUGCUCUGAGUGGAGAAGACUCUCUCCUAGGCAGUCCUUUUUCCUCUGGCCCCGCCCCCUGUCUAGACGAAUUUGCACCUGUGUCAGGAGGAUCCGCCCACAGCACGACAGACCCGACAUGCUUGAUCUCUGGCUUCGAGCCACCCGGUUCGGACAAAGUGACAGAUGACGAGUUUGACCCGAUCCCGGUGCUGGUUUCCAAAACGUCUCAAGGUGAGCCAAUCAGUAUGAACGGUUACACACCUGGAGCUCCUGAACAAGACCAGGAGAAGAAAGAGGAUUUCGCUGGCAUCUCGUCUGUGGACGUUUUCUCCCUCGCUCCCUUCCCUUCCAGGCAACAAGAUGUUUUUCUUCAGGCUCCGUUUGGGCCUCGUAAAAAUGUUUCAGUGCUCCAGCCAUUUACAGUGAACUAUGAGACAUCCAGUGAGGGACAGCAGACAAUCACAGCGCCUUGUGUCAACUCGCAGGCAGCUACAGGGCACCAGGCUGUCUCUGCUGUCAGGCAGCAAACAGUCAAAGUGCCCCAAGUCACAUCUAAUGUCCGACAGGAGCCAAUUACAGCACAGCAUGUCUUGCCUGAUGGCAAUCCUCAGCCGCGUGACACGGCACACCGUGUCUUGUCCAGUGUGGGACAGCAGCCAAUCACAGCGCACCGUGUCGUGUCCAGUGUGGGACAGCAAGCUGCGGUUGGCUCUGUCUCUGUUGGGCCACUUUAUUCCUGGACUUUAGAUGUCAGAACAACAUUUCAGCCCAAGUGUCAUCAGGAAAAGCCUUAAUGUUGUACACACAAACACACACACGUGUUUAACAAAGAAUUGCAGUGGUAAAGGCCUAUUUAGAGUGAACACCAUGCAACUAAAUUAGUAUCUGUUUCACAGAGAUGGCACCAGCUGAGCAACAGGUUCUCUCUGAAGUGAGUUUCAGCAUUGUUCAGUGUGUCAGGAUAUUCGGUAUAUGACCUGGUUAACAGGCACAUUUUAAACAGUGUGAACUGUUCAACAGGCACAUCGUUUAAAGUUUUAUCCUGCAAAUAAAUAAAUAAAAAAAAUCAUGUUUGGUCAUAAAAGUGAAUAAUGGGGAAGUGAUUAUUGACAAACAGAACCACACAAUUCAAGCACAACGUUAUCUCAGAAAUGUGUGGGACUGUAGGAGGACUCAACUAGCCGCCUCUUCUGUGCAGCACUUUAUUUUCUUUAUACAUCAACAUAAUGCUCCAAGGUAUGAAGUAGUAAAGCAUUUUUAGACCUAGCACCUCCGUAUAUUACUUUUUAUGUUUUUACAUAAGUAAAUUAUGACUUAUCCAUAUAACCACAACAGUAUUUAGACAUAUAUACUCAACACGUAAACGAAGGAGAAUGUGAAUUAAGCAAAUAGAACUUAAAAUGCUAAUUAGAAUGUAAAACUGUUUCAUUUUUCUUUACAUCUUAAUUCAUAAACUGCCUGUAAUACCAUACGUCAAUGCAAAAUCAUAGGCAUCUUUAUUUCUGAUUAUAAACCAGCUCUUUGGAGACAUUCCCCUGGCCCCACCUCUCAGCUCUUCAGAGACAUUCCCAUUUUUCCAUUUCUCAGUUUUUUAAAGACAUUCCCCUGGUCCCGUGCUUCAGUUCUUUUAAAGACAUUCCACUGUCCUCAGCCUUCAGUUCUUUAGAGACAUUUCCAAUGUCCCACCCCUCACUUCUUUAGAGACAUGCCCCCUGUCCCAUUCCGUCAGUUCAUUAAAAACAUCCUAAUGGCCCCACCCCCCAGUACAUUAAAGACAUUCCCCUGGCUCCACCCUUCAGUUCUUUAAAGACAUUUUAACUGCCCCACCCCUCACUUCUUUAGAGACAUUCCCCUGGCUCCACCCUUCAGUUCUUUAAAGACAUUUUAACUGCCCCACCCCUCACUUCUUUAGAGACAUUCCCAUGGCCCCACCCUUCAGUUCUUUAAAGAUAUUCCCAUGGUUUCAUCCCUCAGUUCUACAGAGAUGGUUUCCUGCCCCACCCCUCAGUUCUUAAGGGACAUUGCCUAACCCCACCUCUUAGUUUUUUAGAGACAUUCCCUUUCCCCACCCCUCAGUUUUAGACAUUCCCCUAGUUCCAUUACUUGGUUCUUUAAAGACAGUCCCUUGACUCCACCCCUCAGUUAUUUAUAGCCGUUCCCCUAGCAACAUCCAUCAGAAUUUUGGAGCUAUUCCCCUGGCCCCACGCCUUAGUUUUUGGAGACCCCCUUCUUGGCCCCAAUCCUGACGUCCUUUGAGCCAUUUCCAUGGCCCUACCCCUUUGUUUAUUAGAGCCAUUCCCUUUGGCCCCUUUAACAUUAUUCUCCUAGUUACAUCCAUAAUUCCCUUGGCUCCACCCCUCAUCUCCCUAGAGCCAUUCCCCAGGUCCUGCUUCUAACCUUUUGGAGCCAAUCAUUAUGCAAAGCUGUAAGAAAUGUAGCUGUAAUAUUAACAUAGGGAUUCAGUGCUUACAAAGUUCAGCUGCAGGUUUACAGAUUUGAUUACAGAUUUGCAUUUUACAAGGUUACGUUUCUUUGUUUAAUUUCUAUACAAAUAUUUAAACAGACUGAUUAAAUCACGUCUCAAAUUUUCUUCAGAGAAUAUUUUGCGUUUUGGUACUGUAGCAUUAAUUUCUCAUUAGCAGGUGCUGUGUAAAUGAAAAUGAGCCUUUGAUACCUCUGUCAUAAAUAAUGAGGAUAUUGUAAUGAGGAGAAAGCAGUGACAACAGCAUUAAAGGUACAAUUUUGAGAUUGCUAACUAAGUUAUACUGUAUAGGUCAAAGGUCAGCGUUUUCAAUCUGUUUAAAGAAUUUCUAAGGUUUUUUUUUUUAAUCAUGGUACAUUUUUUGCUGUAAAUUGUCACAUGGACAGCUCUGUAAGUUCAUAUUAUUAUUUGGAGGUAUGUUCUUCUUCGCUGUACUGUUUAAAGAAUGAGGCAAAUGUUAAAUCUUUUCUGAGAGUUAAAUCGUAUUAUGAAGACGUUUUGGCUUCUGCUGUGCUUCGCCUGCGGUGUUUAUUGGCCGUAUAUAAGCCUCAGCUGUCAGUGUCUGCUGGCGUUUAGAAAUGUUCCAUUUCCACUCUCAUGUCACUUACAGUUUAAGUGUCUCAGAGUGAAAGCUGCUGUGUCAUCGUGGGCUCGAAGGGGGUCAUUUUGUCUCCUUUCUUUCUUUUUGGGAGUAAACGCAGCAAGUGGAGCUUAAUAUGCUCCAAACAUUAGGAAUAGUGCAUGAUAAUCACAUAUAUCUGUAUGUCCAUGUGUCAAUUUGUCUUCAUCUCUCUAUGUAUGUACUAUCAUUUUUUGUUUACCUGUCUGUUUCUGUAGGACAGCUCAAGAUUGACUGUAAAACUGUGGAAAAAUAUUAAAGAAAAACAUGCU